AUGGGAUUUGACAUCGCAUUCUCGAUGGCCAAAGCGCUGAAGAACCACACCUUCCUGCUGUGGCUUCGGAUGCUGCACGAGACAGGGCCGGGCAAAGCCAAGACGUUCACGAUCGACUUCCUCGGCCGGCAUGUCAUCCACACCAUCGAGCCCGAGAACAUGAAGGCUCUGUCGGCCACCGUGUGGAAGGACUUUGGCGUCGAGCCCUUACGUCGCAAGACGGGGGCCAGCAUGCCUUUCGCGGACAAAGGUGUCAACACCACCGACGGCCAUGAUUGGGCCUUCAGCAGGUUCCUGAUCAAGCCUUAUUUCCUCCGCGAAGCCUUUUCCAACACGGACCGUCUGAAGGAGCAUACCGAUAACCUCCUGAGCUUGAUCCCCCUUGACGGCUCCACCUUUGACAUGCAGACGUUGAUGCAACGCUGGUUUCUUGAUACAUCGAGCCAUUUCCUCUUCGGCGAGUCCAUGAGCUGUCUCUUGUAUCCUGAACGAGCCGAGAUCGCAUGGGCCAUGACCGAUAUUCUACGCGGACUGCGUCUGCGCCUGCAGAUGAGCAAGUGGCUCUGGAUGUUCCGGUGGAAGGUCUGGUUUGACGCCAUAGACGUUGUCCACGGGUUCAUCGACCGGCAAGUCGAUAGAGCAUACAAGGAAAGGACCGAGAAGGCAAAAGGGAACGCAGUGAGCCAAGAUGCAUCGUCGUUCGGCGUCAGGUUGAAGCCCGAAAGGACAGAUUUGCUUUGGUCCAUGGUCGGCAACGUCCCGGAGGACAGGGAGCGAUUACGAUCAGAAAUGUUACUCCUAUUUGUGCCGAACAAUGACACGACCUCCAUCUUCAUCAGCAACGUCUUCUGGAAUCUUGCACGCUAUCCCGACGUCUACGCCAAGGUCCGGGAGGAAGUGCUUUCCGUCGGCGAGGACGCAGCUCUGACAUACGAGUGUCUUCGGUCCAUGAAAUACCUCGACGCAGUGCUGAAUGAAACGCACCGACUCUACCCCAAUGGCAUCAUGCAAGUGCGCUACUGCAUCAAAGACAGCACGCUUCCCCUCGGUGGCGGGAGGGAUGGGAAGUCGCCCAUUUAUGUCAGGAAGGGCGACGUAGUUCAAGUCAACAAGAACGUCAUGCAUCGGGACAAGGAUGUGUGGGGAGAGGAUGCUGAUGAGUUCAAACCGGAACGAUGGUUCGGGCUUCGUCCGUAUUGGAACUUCGUGCCCUUUGGUGGUGGCCCUAGACGUUGUCCCGCCCAACUUCUGGUUACUACAGAGGCAAGCUACGUCGUUGCGCGGUUCUGUCGACGCUUCAAGGCAAUUGAGAAUCGGGACUCCAACGGCUACGUUCCUGUCAUGCGCGCAGGUCCGGUCAACACCAAUGGCGUCAAGAUUGCUGUUACACCUGUCUAG